CCUGAUCAAGCCCUAUUUUCCAGUUUUCACUCCAUCAUGGUGUUGGUGGGCGUCCCUCGUGUUAUGUUACAUCUCUUAUCUCUACCAUUCAUGGCUUCUUCCCUCCGUUCUCAUUCUCUCCUCUUCCUUCACAUGCCUCUAUCCGUAGCACCACAUAGGUGGAGCCUCGCCUAAGUUAUUGAUUGUUCAUUUUGUAACCUUCCUCUUUUCUUACUGUUUCGUUUUUCUCUGUUUCUGCGCUUGGCGUUUUCCUUCUCUUGUUUUAUCACCCUUUCGCCGCCUUCCCUCAUGUUCUUCUCUUCCACCUUGUCUUCUUUCUCCAUUCUGCUUCCUCCCACCCAUGCUUUCCCUGCUCGGUCCUCGUCCUGGUAAGCAUAUUUUCGCAAGUUUCUGGUUUUUUUAGCCACCGGUUCAGAGAUUGUUUGGGCUUUACAUUCGUGCACGUGCAUUAGUUAAAUUAGCCGCGAUUGUUGACUAUCCGGAGGAAAAAGAAGCCAAGUUUCGAGAAAGAGGAGCGGCCUCAUUCAACAAAGGAAAGAGGAGCGGCUUGGAAAUGACAUCAAUAUGACCACAACAAUGACCAUGACCGAUAAGAAAACAUUGCCUGUCUGGAGCACUGGGGGUGGCUUUCAGGCGAGCAAGACGAGAGUUACGGAUGACAGAGGAAGUGGUUCCUCAGGUGACUUACCUCAGGAUGCAGAUUAUAACAUGCCGUCUCUGAGCGACGAGCUAGAGACCCUGAUCUUGGCCAGACUUCCAAGAUCUGAGCAUUGGAAACUUUGCUUUCUUAACAAAAGGCUUCAAGCCCUUGUGAAGAGUGGUGAAAUCAUCAAAAUCAGGAGAGAAAUAGGGUUCAAAGAGCCCACCGUGUUCAUGUUAGCAAGUGGAGAGACCAGUUGGUGGGUCUUCGAUGAGUAUUUCGAAUCCUGCAGGAUGCUCCCUUUUAUCCCAUCAGACUACAAUUUCACAUACGGAGACAAGGAGUCAUUCUGUGCUGGCUCCCAUUUGUUUGUUUCGGGCAGGGAAUUCGAUGGAGCUGCUAUUUGGAGGUACGAGGUUGCAACAAACCAAUGGUUCAAGGGUCCCUCCAUGAUCAAUCCCAGGUGUCUCUUUGCAUCAGCCACCUCUGGUAACUAUGCUUUCGUCGCAGGUGGUCAGGACACAACAACUUAUUCGGAAGUGUUGGACUCUGCUGAGAGAUACAACUCACAGAGCAAGUAUUGGGAAUCUCUCCCUGGGAUGAACCGGAAGAGAAAGUCUUGCUCGGGUUGUUUCAUGGACAAAAAAUUCUAUGUCAUUGGGGGACAAGAUGAGCAACAGAACGUCCUUACUUGUGGGGAGUUCUUUGACGAGGAAACCAACGCCUGGAACUUGAUUCCCGACAUGUUGAAAGACAUUCCCGUGUCGGUUUCAAGGUCCCCACCACUCGUUGCUGUCGCCAAUAAUCAGCUUUACGCGCUCGACGCCUCUUCCAACGAGCUGAAAACGUAUCACAAGCGAAGCAACUCGUGGAAGAAGCUAGGAACCGUUCCAGUGAUAGCAAGUGCUCAGGGAGGUUGGGGCGUGGCGUUCAGGUCUCUGGGGAAUGAGCUGCUCGUGAUCGGUGCAACUGCCACUUCGGGGCGUGGCUUGACGAUCUACACUUGUUGCCCUGAUCCUUCCGUUGAGGAGUUGCAAUGGCGGCGGAUUGAAUGUGGCAACACGAAGCUUAGUCCCUUCAUUUACAAUUGUGCUGUGAGGGGAGCUUGAGGUCUGAAUAUUGCCAAGGAAUAAGCAGAGUCACUCUGAAAUCUAUUAAUAAGAUUUGCAGGACAUUCAGGACUUGUCUCUGCUUCAAGCUUCCAUUCAUUCGAUCUGUUUUUCUAAUGUGACUUGAUGCGCCUCUUUAACUUAUGAUCAUCGUUAGGAAGCCUGUUGAUGUAACCUUUCUCAUUUCAUCUUUUAACACUGCAGAUUUUCUUCUGUGUUUUGCUCCA